UUGCAGGUGUAAGAAGAGAGAAUAUUUUUCUCAAGUCACUGGUCAGUCAACAGUGACUUCUUGGCGGUGGCAGAGGAGGGUGGUGCUUGCAGGCAAGAGUAGUAAAGGUGUGCGACUGUGACCAACAUGAGGAGAAGACAGGUGGUCAUCGUACCUGGUCUACUCCUCGUUAUCGCCCUCUACCUGUCGUUCCUCAGCAUCCAUAAAUAUAACCAGAGUGAGGUCCUCAGUCUAGCCACGAUCCUCACUGAGCCGCAGCCCCUGACGCUAGUAAAUUCUACACAAGAGAAGGUCAAGUCUGCCGUUGUGCUGAGCCCCAAGACGCCACAUACACCUGUUGUCUCGUCUCCAGCUUCUGUAGACGAUGAAGUUAUGACCAUGAAGAUAUCUAGUCGAAAUGAGACGAAAGAGAUGAAUUUCGUCCCUAGAAACAAGACGAGAAGUGAUAAGAUGUCUAAAAGGAAGAAGAAGGGGAAGAAGAGGGGGAAGAAGAAGAAGUGGCCGAUGAGUCUGGAGCCGUCUAGUGCAGCGAUCCUCAGAAGUCUUAAUUACUUCAAGUUCCUCCCUCAGGAUCGCCAGUUCGUGAAGGAGAGGGUGAGGGUAAUGGUUGAGAGAGCAAGUCGUGUGGGAGAGGUGUGUAGGUCCUCACUCAGCCACCAAGACACCAUCAACACACACUGGAUUUGGCAGAGGAACCACACUCCGAGCGUCAUCUGGUGUAAUGAGCCUGAAGAAGUAGCUCCCCUUCACACGCCCUCAGGGAAGAAACACCACAGAGCCCCUUCUUCUGCCCCGGAGAAGGCUGACGUGUUCCAGCACAGCCUCAGAGUCAUCGUUGUCAACCAUCCAUUCGUCAAGCUCUUGUCACUAUACCGGGAUAAGAUCGGUACGGAGGAACCAGUCGAACCCAAAUACCGAAACCUAAGGGAAAGAAUCAUGUCUUCAGUGUAUCAGUCCUCCUCUUCUUCCUGGUCGUCACCCUCCUCCCUCUCCUCCUUCCCUACCUUCCCAGAGUUCGUGCAGUACGUCAUCGACUCCAUCAACAACGUCACCUCCGUCAAGGAAUGGAGACAGAGUGUGAAGUGUUUGAUGCCAUACUGGGCUGAGUGUGGAGUGUGUGCCAACGACUUCAACAUCAUUAUCAAAGCAGAGACGAUGACGGAGGAUGAGCAAUUCUUCCUGACUGUAGCUGACCUCGGACAUUCCAAUAUGGAGGUGGUCAAGCAACAAGAAGAGGUCAAGGUGCAGCAACAGGAGGUGGUCGAGGGGCAACAGGAGGUGUCGAGGGGCAGCAACAGGAGGUGGUCGAGGGGCAGGAACAGGAGGUGGUCGAGGGGCAGCAACAGGAGGUGGUCAGGGCAGCAACAGGAGGUGGUCGAGGGGCAGCAACAGGAGGUCGAGGGGCAGCAACAGGAGGUGGUCGAGGGGCAGCAACAGGAGGUGGUCGAGGGGCAGCAACAGGAGGUGGUCGAGGGGCAGCAACAGGAGGUGGUCAAGGGGCAGCAACAGGAGGUGGUCGAGGGACAGCAACAGAAGGAGUCAUCAGCAGCAGCAGCAGCAGUCAAGAGGAAGGAGUCACCGUGGGAGGAAGUUACGAGGUACUACAGCCAGCUGACCCGCCACCAGAUGACAGAGCUCCACCAGCGGUAUAAGCUCGAUUUUGAUCUCUUUGGUUAUGAGAUUGAUGCUUAUCUCGCCUGGCCAGAGAUGGACUGA